UUGACAGAAGAUUAAACAAAUAUACAUCGAAAGCUAACGAGGGAGUCUCUACAUGGUCGCUGGGGAUAUUAGAAAUAGCAGCUAAAUUUCACUCAAAUCACAUCCUACAAUCUUAGAAAAAAGACAGUAUAAAAUGAUCUUGGAUUCCCUAUGCACGGGGAAAAAAAUAAUAGGAUGGUCAUGGCUAGAACGACUCUGAUCAAAGGCUUACUCGAUCAUAGCUGACCUGGGGUUAAACAACCUCCUGUGCAGCAGUCUCAGGCAGAAAAGAGGUAUUUAAAAUAUAUGACAGCCUGGUAUAGUUCACAGUUGACAAAUUACUCUGGCCUAGAUACAUUCACUUAAUGCCGUUAUUUUCCCCUGCAGCACACAAGGCAACGGGAAACGACAUUUCUGAUAGGUUUGUCUUUCAAAAAGACGUCUAUAAAACUAAUUCUAGCAGGGAAUUUGGUGGAAAGUGAGGAUGUUUGUUUAGAGAGAAAUCUCCCAGAUCUGGAACCGUUCUAAUUUUGGUCAAAAUCCCGGAAGUCUGUGUCUGGAAAAGGGAGAAAUCAUUUCUGUAGAAAUGUAAACGUCACUUGCUGCCUUCGUCGUCACCAUCUCCUCUAACAUCCAUCCUUGUUAUUCUUCUUUUUAGAACUGCUCCCUUUUCUUUUAUACACUUUAACCCCCUUUUUUUCCCUCCUCCCUCAUCGACGUUGCUGUCGGUGCAGUUGUAUAAUUCAAAGGGUUUUUUCUUUUGCUGCAACCUACAUCUAUUAUUUCAGGCCCUCACAUUUAGUCUACUGUCUUGCAAGAUGGUUUGUUCUCUGUAAACAAGACAUCAUCUCUCAGAUGACACCAACAUUGGUUCUUCACUGAAUUUUAUUUCUCUACAAGUUAACUUGCACCAUUUCUGCUAAUUGUUGAAGAGAAUACCAUUAUGUCUCUGGAACUGCAACAAAAUGUUGAAGAGAUCAUAGACUUUGCAAAGCAACAGCAGACAGAACUGCAUGGACUGUUAGUUGCUCUACAAGAAGCCAAAGAUCAGAUUACUUCCAGUGGAGCAAAAUCUCGCAAUCAACUUAAUAAACAUUUUGAAAGUUUAAAAACGGAAUUGAAUGCUGCCCUGGACAACAGAUUGUCGGAACUGUUGUGUCAGGUGGAUAAAAUUGAACAAACAUCUCUUCCUCCUCUUGAUGAAUGUAAAGAUCUCAUUAACCAAGGAAUCUGCAAAGUAAACCGUAUUAUUGAAGAAGGAAAGUUAAUUUUAGAUAGCAGUUCCGUGGACGGUGAAAAAGUGUCCACUUUUCGUAAAAAUUCUGAUUCUUUGAAUCUCAACAGUGUUCCAGCUAUUCCAAGUUUAUCUGAAGUUGCUUGUAUAUCUGUUGACACUGCUGGUUCUAACAAAGAUAAAUUACUUGAGUAUGCAUCAAAAGAGAUGAAAGUCAUUUCCAAAGCUCCCGUACAGAUUGCCGAUGUUGUGGAACGACCUGGAGCUCUUUUAGUUAAAUGGAGCGAGACUGAAGAAGAUUUUGAUGCUACAGAAUUUUGUCUGCAGUAUGCGUCUGGUGUGAUCAAGUCAAAUGAGGAUACGUGCGUCCCAUUCCAUAAUGCCUAUUUGGGUGCCAAUUCGUUAUGUUUAGUGAAACACUUACAAACUAACCACCCUUAUUCGUUUCGAACACGAUGCCGCGCCGACCCCGACACAGCCUGGAGUGUGUGGAGUGUGCCAACUGUAGCUUCCACAACUUUGCCUCACUACGAGUGGAAUGCUGAUAACCCUGCUUACAUGACAACUAACGAAAACCAGACGGCCACAAAAUGUUGUGAUGGAGACUCUGUUGUGCUUUACUCUUGUGGAUGCUUGUACACUGCUUGUCAAUCAAUUACGUUCCGAGUGUUGGCGGCUGGGGAUUCCUGUCCUGGCGAUGGAGUCGGAUUGUCUAUCAAUAAAUCGUUUUGUAAUACAUUAAGAAGACCUGGUGCUGCUUAUGUUACAGUGGAUGGUGAGGUGUACGUAGAUGGACAGGAGAUGAAAAAUAAGCUUCCUUAUUGGGGUAAAAGUUCCUCAGUGACCUUCGACACUGAGGUCCUGUCUAAUGGGAAGGUCCGUGUAACCAUUCAAGUGGAAGAGAAAGAAGUCACUUUUGACUGGAAUGUUCCUCUCACUGAACCCUACCUACAGACCCUCAAUGAACUGGACGAGAACUAUUGUCGACCCAGGGACAAAUUUUAUUUUGCCAUGGUUUUUGCAAAUAGAGAGUGGAUGGUUUGUGUAGAAUAACCUCUGCACCAUGGUUCUGCGGUUAGCUUUGCAGUGUCUCUUUGCACUUAUCAUCAGAAACACACACACACACACACAAUAUGUCUACACAUACACAUAUGUCUACACACACACACCACUGUAAUAUUUAGAAGCAGAAGAUGGCAACAGGAUAAGUGAAAAUUUAAGGUAAGCUUCCAGACAUGUGCACUUUUAAGUAAACCUCUUUAGCUACAAUAUGGCACUCAGUACCCCCCCACCCCCCGCUACAACACAACACCA